AUGGCUGCUUUGGGUAAUAAAACGUUGAACUUGUGUAAAUCCUCGGAUUUAGGCUGCUACAGUGCCGCUUCCAUUAAGGCGACGCCUUUGAAGGCGAUAGUGUUUCUCGGCACAGGUCGAAAAUCGGAGAUUUGCUGUGGAUCGAGCUUCGUGCCGCCAAUUAAGGCAAUGGAAGCUUCCGAAAUGACGACGCACCGGGGAAAACAAUCGGGACGCAAUUCCAACAAAUGCUCCGAUGAUUCAGGGGAAAGCAUACUUAAGACAUCUACUGUUGGAAACUCGUCAAAUAUCUUGUGGCACAAGUGUUCAGUAGAAAAGGGCGACAGGCAGGCUUUGCUCAACCAGAAGGGGUGUGUUAUUUGGAUUACUGGGCUAAGUGGAUCGGGAAAAAGCACCGUGGCAUGCGCUUUAAGUCAUGCCUUACAUGCAAGAGGAAAGCUCACAUACAUCCUUGAUGGGGAUAACUGCAGGCACGGUCUCAACUGUGAUCUUAGCUUUAAAUCUGAGGAUCGAGCUGAGAACAUUCGAAGGAUAGGGGAGGUGGCUAAACUCUUUGCGGAUGCUGGAGUCAUUUGCAUUGCGAGUCUAAUAUCGCCCUUCAGGAAGGAAAGGGAUGCUUGCCGUAAUUUACUGCCAAAAGGAGAUUUUAUUGAGGUGUAUAUGGAUGUACCCCUAGAAGUCUGCGAGACUAGGGACCCAAAGGGUCUUUACAAGCUUGCACGAGCUGGAAAGAUCAAAGGUUUCACAGGUGUUGAUGAUCCAUAUGAACCACCAUUGAACUCUGAGAUAGUGUUGCAACAAAGAGAAGAAAGUUGUGACAGUCCAACUGUUCAGGCUGAAAAAAUAGUUUCUUACUUGGAAACAAAAGGUUACCUGGAGGCAUAG